CUUUUAGGCGGUCGCUUGGUAAGGUAGACGCAGCUUUCGGGUACUUAGAGCAAGUGAUUAGCUGAUAGCGAUCGCCGAUUCGUUCACGAUAGUGUGACAUAGUGAGCUCCCUGAAGUGAUUAUUGUCUUAUUGAUCUUAUUCCUCAAAUAGAAUCUUAAGUGUUUAAAAUUACGAUCAUUGUUUGUUCAUGAACAGCAACUGAUGAGUUCAGUGAUUACUUUUCAGUGUGUACUUAAGGUAUGCGUUGUGACUAAAAAUUCCGAGAUUAAGACAGGUCACUAAAUGGCCUGAGUCACUAUGUGAGGUACCGAAGGUGCACUGAGUGGUUGACGGAAAUUGUUAAAGUGCUAAUAAGUGAUUGUGCGAUAAGCAUACAUUUAUCAUGGAUUAUAGCCAAUAAAAUUUCACUUCAUUGUUAUAAAAAUGUUUCACUCUUACCUGAUAGCGUUUUAUCAAAUGUAAUGAAACAUUUCUCACUAAACGGUGAUGUGUUCGAAUAUCUACGUAAAGGUGGUUACCAUAGUGUAAUUAGAAAUUUAUGCAUGUUGCAUUAAACGCAUGGCAAUUUAUGGAAUAAGGAUCCUGAAUUAUAAAAGAUUUAAUCAUACAGUACAAUACCAGGAGUAACCUUAAUAUUCAUCAACCCCAUUGGACGAAAGCAAAUCUAUCCAUUUUUGUGGUCGAACAGUCCAAGUACAAGCAAAUGCGUAUGAUCAAAAGUAUGUUUCAAGGACAUCGGAGGAUGAGGACGCGGUACUUUGCUACAGAUGCUAUAUAACUCACAAUGACAGAUUCAACUUAUAUGGUAGGACCAGGAAUUUCGUUUUACCGCUCCGAUGGUGAUCUGAGUAUCACCUUCAAUGCAACUCGACCCAGAGUUGUUGACAUCGAAUUAAAGCUUUAUGACAUUUUCAUCCCCAUACUUGGAUUUUUAAUAAUCACUAUGAACACUGUUAUUGUCGUUUCUAGUGGUCUCAUUUUAUAUAAAGGGCCACACCCGCGGGCAACAUACAUAUUUUUAGGAAAUGUUGCAUUAGCCGAUUUGAUCACGGGGGUGGCGGUCAUCUUUGGCUUGUACUAUCCUAGUGCUAGCCGAACGGAGGUUGUCUGUGCUGUAGAAAUUGGUAUGACAGUAUCAGCUUCAAUGGCUUCAGUUUACAGCAUCGGAUUGAUUGGUGUCGAUCGUUUCCUUUAUAUUUUGUAUGGGCUUACGUACCAACGUUAUAUCUACCCCAAUCGGGCUCGCUUCAUGGUACUUUGCACAUGGGUGCUGGCGAUCGUAAUCGGAUUUCUUCCCGCGAUGGGCUACCGUCAGAAUACUUAUAAUGGGAAGUUGUGCUGGUUCAUAAUCAUUGAACCACCCGAAUUGGUGUUGAUUACAACCACCAUAGGUCUUGUGCCAUUAGUUCUAAUCAUUAUUUUGUACAGUAUAAUUUUGUAUCAUGCACUUCGAAAAAUCUCCCAAUUGAAAUUAGCUGCGAAAAACAGACAAGGAACAGAUUCAGGAAAUUUAAGGAUGUUCCGCGGAGGUAGGCAGUCAUCGACGCUGUCGGUAAUUCCAGAUAAUCCAGGAAUAAAUGGUGAUUUGAAUUGUGACGAGGCGCCUUCCAGGAGAUGUUGUGGAUUAUGUAAACGAAAAUCUGCAAAGGUUCAAAUCACUCCGGUCUACAACCCUAGUAAAUGGAAGGCUAUAAAAAUUGUUGUCCUAACUACAGGAUGUUUUUUUGUCACCUGGUUCCCAUACUUUGUCGCAUCUGCAAUGCAUGCUGUUUGCGAUCCAAAGCAAACACCGAAAUUUUGUGAUGGACUUCGCGUUGCCUUGGCGAGCCCUCUGGCAAUAUUAGGCCUAUCAAAUAGUCUUCUUAAUCCCAUCAUAUAUGCUUGGUGGCACAAUGGCUUUCGAGAGUCCUUAAGAAAAAUAUGUAAAAACUGUUGCGGUAAGGAAGGAUUUGUAUGUGGAGCAGAAAGUUCAUCGACCAGUCAGCAAACUAUACGCACCCAAAGUACAUUCUUGCAUAAGUCUAAGCGACAAAGUGAUACCGAGGCUUCGGACCAAGAGAGUAAUCUAAUAAUGAAAUCUCGGCCAACUUAUAGGAGAACGUUCCAACAAAUUGGAGCCCAAAAUUUGAAUUAUGAUGGAGGAACUGAUGAAGAUUGACCACCAAAUAGGAAGAUUGAGGUGGCAGCAGAAGUGCGACUUGUAGAUCCCAGCACUGUUGUGUAAAGAUCUGUUAUGAACAAUAAGAUAUAUAUGAAAGAUGACAAUUCUUUGAUAAGUAAUUGUGAGAUGAAUAAAACUGAUACUGAUUGAUCUCGAGGAGAAAGAAAUUUCGAAUAAAUGCUUUAAAUAAAAUUGUUUU